UAUUAUUUGCUAAUGUUAUUAUUUUUUGCCGUACUGUAGUGUUGGUGAUACUAAAAAAGUUGCCGGGACCAUGUCGAAAAUGCCAAAUCGCUCUAAGCCCACAAUGACGGGAGUUUUCCCCGCGCCGCGAUCUACUCCGGGCCGCAAUUUUCUCAACGAGAAUAAAGUGAGCUUGCGCUCGCUGGAGAAGACCACAACUGAAAAACUGGCAGCCAAGGAACCAGUGCGCCCCAAAUGGAUGCCACCAAUGCGCCGUGCCGACUCCGAGGUAGGAGAAUCAAAGGCGGCAGGCAGACCCCAACCGUUAUCGGUGUCCCGACAAAACACCCGCGAAAGCAGUCUAACGCGCAACCGCAACAACUCGUGCUCGCAUCAGCAAUUGGGCUUGGGCGCUGCAGAGUCUGGCCAACGUGUUGGCCGCUCGACUCAACGCAAUCCGGUGCACUAUGACGCCUCGGAGGAGGCAGCACAGUCGUCGGAAUACUGCAGUUCUUGUGGCACACAGCGCAGCUCCUCAAGCAUUGCCACACAGACGGAGGACAUCAGCGAUGAACUCUAUCUCACGAAUGCCCUCAAAAAAUGCAGUUUUGAUGGUGCAUCCGUGAUGAGUGAGCGUGAGUCGCCCAAUAAGUACGAGAACAACAACUAUAAACGGGCCAAUCGCUACGAUAACAACGAUAAUGACGAGAAUCUGCUGUCACCACGCACGCAUGGCAAACAGCAGCAGCCACAGCACCUGAAUGAUGAUCAGAAAAUGGAAAACUCACGCGACGAUGUGCGUUUACCUCGCUUUCUGGAAAAGGAUAAGGAGAAGCGCGAAAAGGCCGCUGCCAAGGAGCUGGCCGAUGCAAGUGAUCCGGACUGUAUGCUCACGGAGCAGGCACGUGUGGGCCACUUAAACAGCGCACAGAAGCGCUACGAUGGUCUCAUUAAUGAACUGAAUCACAUGCCCAUCACCUCACAGAGUCUGUGGGUGCGCAACCGCAAGGCCGAAAUUGACAAGGAGCUGGCUGUCGUCGAUGAGGAGAUUCGCGUCUACUCCAAGUCCAAGCUGUACAUUAACUCUAGCAAAAAUAAGUAAACCUGAUACACACUGUGACACUGUACCACAACACAUUCCAACGAAGAAUUUCCAUUUGACUGGCUGACCCCC